AUGUCUCUCCAAGACGUGUACCAGAAAUUCCUUUCUGACCCCAGGUCUGCUUCCCUGGCUUCCGAUGUUACGCUGAUCUAUAUCACAACGACCACCAGGGUCGAUGGCGCUGAGGCCGUGGUCAAGCACCUCGCUAGACAGGAUCAUGUCCUCAAAAGAAAGUCCCAGCAGGUGAUUGAUACGGUCGAGGGCUUGAACUCCCUGUCUCUAGACGUGGACACUACAGUGGAAUUUGUCUCUGGCGGCGGACCGUAUCUCCCCGCGCUGGACGAUAACUUCUUGUCUGACCGCAUUGCGACCUUCCCCACGGUUCACAUCGUUCGUUUCAACUCUCAGAACCAGAUUCAACAGGUCAAAGUCUAUUGGGACCAGGCGUCGCUUUUGAAACAGGUCGAGGUGAUCGGCUCGCGCAGUCGCGGUUGGCCCAUCCGUGAUGCGAAAGAUCAGACUAGAUUGAUCAAGGCCGCCGCCUCCUCCGCCCCGGCGGAUGAUGCCCCAGCGCCUGUGCCCGCGAACAAGCCCGAAGAGAAUGGCGACGCACACAACAAAGUCGUCUCUCCUAAGAGACGCAUCAAGGACCCCUACGCGGCAGAGUCUCUGGAGGAACUUCUCUCUCCCGGCAAGGACCGAGCGGAACCCGUGCGUGCCCCUCGUGCCCCGGCAUCCGCUAAGCCUCCCCAGCGCGAUCUGGCAGAGCUCUUUGGAAAUCAUGAUGAUCUCGAAAUUCCUGAACCAUCCCCUUCCAGGGCCACGCCCGUCGCUCCCAAGGUCGGUGCGGGUAAGAACUACCGGGCUUCACGCAUCUUUGAUGAUGAUGAGACCGUCGCUACCAAAGACAAGCCCCAGCAGAUCGCUUACAGGGCUCACCCCAAGCGCUUCGAUCAUUUUGAGCUGGGCGCCGACAACAGUGAGCGUGAGAUCAAACCCAAGGUGUCGCGUCCGGUGUCGAGCCAGGGCAAGGGAGCUCAAUGGAAAUUCGAAGACUUCACGACUCCCGAGAAACCUACACGCCAGCUCCGGGGCCAAGAGCUUCGUAGUUUCGGUAUCAGCGACGAGGAGCCACAGACACCCCCAGCCAAGCCUCGCGUCCAACCCCGCCGCGAUGCGGAAACCCACUUCCAAUUGACAGAUGAUACCGGCGAUCAGGGUUCAGGCCGGAUCAUCAGUUCGUUCCAGAACAAGGGUCUCAGCCUUUACAAGAACCAUCUGUUCGCCGAUGAAGACGAGCCCGCCGAGAGCAAGCCGUCGUCCAAGGAUAAGCUGCCCCUGUCCGUAGCCCAGAAAGGCCCAACCCGCAAUAAGGACCUCGAGACUCACUGGACCAUCACAGAUGAAUCGCCAGCGAAAAGCAAGGCCGACGAGAACAAGAAGCCCAUCGCGGCGGACCGACAGCGGGCCGUCAAAAUGUUGGAGCCGUCAUGGGAAUCCUAUGAUCAAUCUCCUCAGCCGAGCAAAGCCGUUCGUCCUCCUCCACAGCGCCGCCAAUUGCGAAGUGUCAACGAGAGAAGCUGGAGUCUUGGUGAUGAGUGA